AUGGGUUCUCACGCUGCUAUUAAGGAAUUAGAAAAAGAGGUUACAUAUUGGAGAAAUGUUGCACUGGGUAUAGAGACUGAAUCGGAAUAUGAGCAAGAUACACGUAAGGCGUCAAUUUAUUCUCUCACUAAAUUUUUGACGGAUGAUAAUGAUCCAAGGGCUAAUAGCAUUAAACUCAACUUUUACGAAGUAUAUCCACGUCUCAUUAGUAAGGGUUGCAUUAGGCAGGACAUAAACCCUUUUUCGGUGAAUUACCUGUUGUUUGCCGACCCAUACGUCUCACUAUUUGUCAAGUUUGUGUUUCAAACUCCAUACCGUAAAGGUCUCAGGGGUAAUUUCCAAGUUGAUACGGAACCGCAACAAGACCUUGACGCCUCGUCCAUUCUAAAGAUUCUAAAAUUGAACGAGUCUGCGUUUGAGAAAUUAAGUGCUUCAAAGAAAGAGAAGGUAAACGAAUUUAUUGAACAGAUAAUAACUCAAAAUUACCAACCAAAUAUGGAUACUAGAAAUAACGAAGUAUUCAUGAAUCUUUUAAAUACAAUGUCAUCUCCAAAAUUCAUCGAAGACAAGUGCUUAUACGGACAAUAUUCUCCUUUAUUGUUAACUUACAUUUCACGAAUACAAAAUGAGCUACCGUCACUAUCUACUAUACGAUUGCUCUUAAACAAUUACUAUCAACAUAUCUAUCCUAUGUUUCCAUGUUUGGAUAUUGAUUUAUUCGAAGAACUUAUCACUUCCGUACUUGAAGCUGAUCGGAAUAAUAUAGAAAGAAUUGUUCUAAAUCUCGGAACUACAAACAUUAAGUUGAAGCUCUUUAAUAUCGCUAUUCUGUUUCUAUUGCUUCAGCUUUCAAUAUCUCAUUUAAAGUUAAGGCUCUUCGACCAUCGAUCGAUGCAGGACGAUGUUCAUCACAAGUAUGAUGAUGAACGCGCAUGGAUCCAAAGCUUGUCGAAAUCCCAUGAGAACUUGACAUAUAUAUCGGCAGAAUUAUUGUCGAUCUUAAAUGUCUAUCAGUCUAGAACUGAAGAAAUAAUUACUUGGCAUAUGCUUUUGUGGUCAAUUUUAGCCCACAAUCCAGAUUGCUGUAGCAUUUACAAUGAUUCUACAACAGAAGGCGUUGUUAGUUUGGUUGGGCCCUUGGUGCUAGAUUUAGGACUUGAUCGAGAUCCCUCAAACUUCUUAAAACCAACUGGUAACAUGAAAAUAGACCCUAGGUACAAAAACUAUAGACGACGUCUCUGGAUGUGCUACUGUUUCAUGUCAAGAUUCGAGGUUACAGUGAAAGGAAAAAGCGCACAAAAGAAUUCUGCUAAUCUUGCAGCAAUUCCUGGAAUUACCGACAGAGACAAUGGCUGGACCUUGUACUCUUCACUUUAUAAAAAGGAUAUGGUAAAACCUAAUGAAGCAGAGUUGGAGAUACUAGGUUUAGUUUAUAAGUUUGCGCAAUUCUGUGCUGUUUUCAAACCGAUGGAUGAACUUUUGAGAAGUACGGAUAGUUAUUUAACUCUAACACAGGUGGAAAAACUGUAUCAAGAGAUAAGCAUCUAUAUAGACCCGGAGUUCAAGAAGACUACAGAGGGUACAGAAAGAUGGGUACACAACCCAACCAUCGGUAUCACUUAUAAUAUCGAUGAUAUUGAGCGCAUACUUGCGGUGGAAAGACAGAUAGUAGCUCGAAACUCUCAACUUACCCUAUGUGGCAUGAUGGUCCAAUACUUCAAUUCUCUAAAGAAUCAGGAUUCUUAUAUCCUUGACAGAGUGCUUCUAUACUGCGAAAGAGUAUUCUCAAAUAUUUGUGAAGGAGUGAAAUACUUGAGCCAAUAUUUUAAUGUCAGAUACACUGAAAACAUUGAUACUACAGGGAAGUUCUACACUAACAGAGCCUCUCAAGUUUACUUAUCAAGGUGUGCCCUUCAAUUAGUUUCACAUAUACUCAAGGUUGAUCACAUGAUAGGCCUUUCAAAGAGAAGGUCCAAUCAGCAAUCCUUUUUGUAUGAAGAUCAUCUCGCACAACCAGAAGGAAAUAAAGUAAACAUACAAAGGCGCCAGUAUAUUAUAUUACGCACAAAGCUCUUAUCAAUACUCGAGGAAGUACACUCAAAUUCCUCGGAAGAACUACGCUAUAAUUACAUGUCAGGGUUUAGGUACGCUUUGAUAGGCGAUUGCACAAUGCAUUUCCUCAAACAAGAUGGCAGAAGAUUUUUGAUGAGAGAUAUACUAUUAUCAGAUAGCGGCAUUCAUGACGGAACAUUCACAGAGGGAAAUUUUCACCUUCUGAGUGUCGAAGAAAAAGAAAGUAUGCUACUUGAUGCAAAUGAGCUUAUACGGUUAGGCGAGAAAGACCUGCAAAUAUUGGUUGAUACAGUAUCCACUUUUGUUGACGAAACAAGCGAGCCUGAAAAUUCAUCCGUAAUGCCUCAAAAUCUAUUUGCAUAUACAGCAACAACAACUGAUACAAUGGUAAACCAAUUUAGCCUUGAACUUGCUGGUGUUUCCGCAGAUUUUGAUAUAGUAUUUGGCAAUACAAAUUUUCCGGAAUGA